AAUUUAUCAACGAAGGGCUAUUCAGAUCUCCUUGCAGAGCAUCCUUCGGGGGUUUAUUUUGUUUGGGCUGGAUUAUCAUCCAGAGGUGUUUUUAAAAUGGUCAUGAGCAUUGGUUGGAAUCCAUAUUUCGACAACAAAGAAAAGACUAUAGGGCCUUGGAUACUUCACAAGUUUGAUGAGGAUUUCUAUGGAGAAGAACUUCGGCUCAUUAUAGUUGGUUACAUUCGUCCUGAGGCCAAUUUUCCAUCCCUUGAAAGCUUAAUAUCUAAGAAUCAUAAAGACGAUGAAAUUGCUGAGAAGGCUCUUGAACUUCCCUUGUGCUGGGAUGAUGAUCAUGCUUUUAUCGAAUUAACACUAUAAUUGAGAAUGCGUUAUUAAUGAAUUUUCCCAAAAGAAUAUCUUAAGUGGCGUUUUCUUCUUUCUUGAUAUCACUUAAGCAAAGUUUUAAUCUUGUGUCAUUAAAUCAUGUAUGUUUAUGUAGGGGCUUGCUCAAGAUGAAGUCAUUAUUGAAGUAAUUAAUACACUUGUCCAGACACUUUUUGGAACCCACUUGCCGAUAAUGAUUGGAGGUUCAUAUGCAUUCAUGGUCCCCAUCAUGUCCAUCAUUCAUGAUCCAUCUCUGGCAAUGAUACAAGACCCUGAAUUGGUUAGUGUUAUUUUCUUUAAGAAUUCUAUUUUGUUAUCUGCUCUCAACUUUGUCAUAGUUAAUGUUCUUAACAGAACCAAAACUUAGUUAGUUGAUUGAUAGGCAAACUUCCAAGUAAUUGCUUUUCCAUUUUUUUGUA